AUCUGUCAUCGGUCGGGCAAUCUUUCCGGCAUAGGGCCAACGUAUGCACAGCACAUGCAGUGCGAGUUAACUGGCCGGCCAUGUUGUGCCGGCCUUCGGGGUGAAUGCAUCAUAACGACACGGCAACACUGUGACUUCUUGCGGGGCCACUACAAUCCGGAGGCGGCACUCUGUUCCCAGGUGAAGUGUCUUAACCGUGUUUGUGGGAUGGCUCCAUUCUUAGAUGACGAGUACCCUGACCAGUUCUAUCGGGUUUUUACAUCACUCUUCCUUCACGCCGGCAUACUUCAUCUUUUAAUCACGCUACUCAUUCAGUUUAUUUUCAUGCGCGACCUUGAGAAGAUGAUUGGUUGGCAUCGAAUUUCUAUUAUUUACCUUCUAUCUGGUUGCCUAGCCAAUCUAGUCUCCGGGAUCUUUUUGCCGUACCAGGUCGAGACUGGUCCGACCGGCAGUCUGUUCGCUCUGUUGGGAGUGGUGCUCGUUGAGUUCCUGCAGAACUGGCGUCUCAUGGUGCACCCCUGGUUGGGUCUGAUCAAGCUGAUCGGCCCCAUGAUCGGUCUCCUUGGCCUCGGUUUGAUGCCCUGGAUCGACAACUAUGCUCACGCCACCGGCCUCGUUUCUGGCGUCCUGCUUGCCUACGUUUUCCUACCUUUUCUCGGUCAUUCGCCCCUAUCCCCGUCCAUCCACACUGUCGGCCCGGCGGGACUAGCCGGGGGCCACCAAAACCGGGCCUCAUCUCAUCGUCCCGAUAGCCUGCGCUGCCCCGUGGCCUGCGUUCCCAGCCCGGAUCUGCCG